ACAAGGUGGUUGUUGGGGAAAGCGAUUAAUUAUUGGUCAUUUUUAUCUAUUUUAUUUUCUGGGAGGAAUGGAUGUAGAUUUGUUGAUGAAUAGAUGUGGGUCUUAUUCAGGGCCCUACUUCUCUGAUUUAGCCCAAACACAUUCAAUGUGAAUUAUUGUAGUUGGAGGUUACUUUGUACGGAUCACACUUUGAUGGUAAAAGGUGAAGCAUUUCUCCUUAUUACAGUUAGUUCUAUGCUUGAUAGUAUAUGAUUGGAGAGGGAGACAUAGAAAGAAAGAGAUAUUUUUGUUAGAGAGUUCACAAUUCAUAAAUAAAAUAACGGUAAGAAUUCUUGUAGGAAUUUGACUGCAACUACUACAAUCGACAAAUAAGUGUUGCGGGGAAGUGGAGAACAAUUUUUACUUGGAUUAAAGAGAGAGGAACCUUUCUCUGAAUGGUGGAUAGCUUGUUAGGUAGGAAGCUCUGAGAGGAUGAGAAGAAGAAGAAGAAGCUUUUAUAUCAACAUACUGAGCUUGUGAGAAUCCGCAAGAUCAGAUGUUCAUUUUCUUGGAUUGAAAUCUGUGGCUUUAAUUGAUUGGUUUUAGUAAGUAUUAUGGAGAUAGAGAUUGAAAUGGAGGACUAUGUCUGCAAAAGAGUUUCUGGGUUGGAAAGAGAGUUCCUUUUUGAGGAUGCUACUUUUGUCUAGUUAAGAAGUUUCGAGUUUUUGGGUUUGUUGAAUUUGAGCAGCAUAAGUGGAAUUUGUUGCAAUAUCAAGAUGAGGCAGAUCUGAUAUUACUCCUUUUAAGAUUGGUUCUGCUGAUUCAGUUGAACAGGUAUGGCUGACCCUUCGAUCGAGUGAAAUUUAAAGGAUCUGGCAUCUGGUUGCUUGCAAGUUAUAUAAAGUAACUGUAAUCUGUAAAGUUGUUCUAUGAGUUCUCUCUCACUGAUGGAGUGGAACACAAAACCCCCUAUACAGUGGGACUGGGAAAACCUAAUAAUGUUUAAUACAACUAAUGAACAUCCGAAGAAGUUAAGGGCAGCAGUGUGGGAAAUUGAUGGAGAGAGAGGAAUUGAUUCUGCUGGGUCUUUUUACUCAUCUAGAAGUGGUAGUGGUAGUGGUGCUUCUGGCUCUGAUUUGGGACUUGCUUCUCUAUCAAAGAGCUCAAAGGCAGCUUCCAUAAAUUCUUCAUCAAUUGGAGAAGUGAAAACAUCCACAUUUACUGGGGAGGCUUCUGAAGCUAUUCCAGAAGAUUCCAACAAUGACAAAUCAUUUGGAAAGGUGAACCCAACUGGUGCUUCUUCUACUCUUGAUGUUUCAGUUGGCUCUGGUGAGCCUCUGCUAGCUUUAAAGCUUGGUAAACGGACAUACUUUGAAGAUGUUUGUGCAGGAAGCAAUAUUAAGACUUCAUCUUUUUCUGUGACUCCUGGUUCUUCUGUUUCUCCUGCAAAGAGAUCCAAGUCCAGUAGCCAGGCUUCACCUACCCCACGCUGUCAAGUAGAAGGCUGUAACCUUGACCUGUCAUCAGCUAAAGAUUAUCAUCGUAAACAUAGAGUUUGUGAAAGUCAUUCAAAGUGCCCAAGAGUCAUUGUAGCUGGUUUGGAACGCAGGUUUUGCCAGCAGUGUAGUAGGUUCCAUGGUCUAUCAGAGUUUGAUGAAAAGAAGCGAAGCUGCCGCAGGCGUCUUUCUGAUCAUAAUGCAAGACGUCGCAAGCCACAGCCUGAAUCAGUCCAAUUGAAUCCCGGAAGACUGUCAUAUAGUGAGAGGCAACAGAUGAGUCUCGUUUGGAACAGGCCCCCGCUGGUUCAUUCCAGGCAAAUUGCAAAUAUAUCAUGGGAAUGCCCAUCCAGCUCCAAAUUCACUAUAACUAAAGAGUGUGUAAUGAAGCCUGCAAAGGUAGGGGUUAUCAAUGGACAGCUGCGUUUGCCUGUUAAUGAGCUGGCAACUUCCAUUCCUAUGCACACUCAUGAUUCCAAGAGCUUGUUGUCAUCCAAGGCCAAGGUCACCACUGCUGAGGUUCUCAACCAAGGUUUGGAAGAACCAAUUAUCUCAUCCAAUGUGGAUGCAACUCAGGAUCUUCAUCGUGCUCUCUCUCUUCUGUCAACUAAUUCUUGGGGCUCAUGUGAGCCAAAAUCCAUUUCACAUGAGCAGCCCACGCAUACAAGUCAUACUGGGCUGCCUCAGUUAUUGACUCAGGCUAUGCCCCGAGGCUCAAUAAUCGAGCCAUCGGAUUACUGGAGGACUGAACAACAUUCUGACUCUCGAGUGCAUACCUUGACUUCAGAGAAUAAUGACAGUAGCAGUUACUUUCAAGAGUUCCAGCUGUUAAGAACCUCAUAUGACAGUGACUUCUACUCUAGUCAAUUGAACUGACUGCUUGAAAUUCAAUCAUAAUUUUCGACUUGACUUGACAAGUUUGUGCACCAAAGGAGGUCUAUUGGUCUAAAUCUAGCUCGAUCGUAUUACAUCAUCUUCCCUGCAUGUUUCGCAAAUCUAAUUCAAUUUCUAUUGUUGAAACAUCUUUGAAAUUCGAGUAGCAGAAGAAGGUAAUAGUUAUUUCCUCCAGCAGCUUGGCGUUCGUUGCUUGUGCCGUCAGAUUUUAGAUAAUGGUGAUCAAAGGAUUGGAAGAUGUAUUUGCUAAAGUUUGAUUGAGGUAACACAAUUUCAAUUUUAUCAUUAAAUGUGGGUUAUUGUAACUAGCAGAACAAACAUUAGUGCAGGCAUGUAUUUGCUGCUGCAGUAUCUCCCGUUGUUUUCCAAUUGUUCGCUGCUAGUUGGCUUACUAAUCGAUAGUUAAUAGUAGAAGUGACUUUUAAAUUAGUUCGCAGUCUUUUCUUUUUGGGCCAUCAGAUACUAUGUACUAAGAAUAUUGUACAAUUUGCACUAUUGCCAACAGUUUUAACAA